AUGCUGUGGCGUACAGCCUGGUCCACAGGGCCAAUAGGACCUAUGCUGUGGCGGACAACCUUGUCCUUAGGGCCAAUAGGACCUAUGCUGUGGCGGACAACCUGGUCCACAGGGCCAAUAGGACCUAUGCUGUGGCAGACAUCCUGGUCCACAGAGCCAAUAGGACCUAUGCUGUGGCAGACAUCCUGGUCCACAGAGCCAAUAGCACCUAUGCUGUGGCAGACAUCCUGGUCCACAGGGCCAAUAGAACCUAUGCUGUGGCAGACAACCUGGUCCACAGGGCCAAUAGGACCUAUGCUGUGGCGGACAAGCUGGUCAACAGGGCCAAUAGGACCUAUGCUGUGGCGGACAACCUGGUCCACAGGGCCAAUAGAACUCAUGCUGUGGCGGACAACCAGACAUUUUGUUGUAUCGUACUAUCUGUCCAGACUUCGUUUUCUACAAGAUGUUUAA